GCCUUGCUAAUGGACUGUGUUAACAUGCCCACUUACUGUGUUUACCUAACCAGCAAAAACCCUCCCACUGAUAGUGUUUGCUCACAUAAGAUAAAUAACCAAGUGGAGACCCCUGUCAGGGACGCAGCCUUAGUACCCACAAUUAUAUAGCUUCAGGAAGUUUUCAUCAUGGUUUCCUCACUUUUAUCCCUUUCCUUAUGAUGUAACACUAAUGUUCUGAGCAUAACCAUCAUGCCAAUUAGCAGUGCCUGUAAACCAGUCAUUGUGUAAGGUGGAAUGUACAGGCCAGAACAGCUGCAGGAGUCCCAAGGUAUAUGGCUUCAUCCCAACCGUCAUCAUCCUGAAACUUAAAAGGACUAACUCAUCGUGGAACUAAAUUACUAGCAGACAUUUUUGCCACCUUACAGUGAAGGAGAUUAUUAGUUGUAUACCAUAGCCUAGAUUAACAAAGUGUACUCAGUAAGCAGGCUUACCAAUGGGAUCUUCAAAAGUUCUUGCAGCAAAAUGAUCAGCUUCACUUCUCCAUGCAGUUUGGGAUGAUCCCGCUUGUGCUAAUUUAGUGUUGUACUAGGGGGAUCAGUCAUGCUGACAUAUCCAGUGAUGUUUGAUACCGAUUUGCUGGAGUGAUAUCCGUACAGAAAUCAUCAUGGUUCUGGAAUAUAUUAUUACUGCUUUUGAUACUGUGGAACCUAAGACAUAUACAGCAGAGAUCUAUACAGACUGGGCCAACCAUUACCUGGAGAAGGCGCGAAAUAAGCGUUUCAUCUCUGAUCUUCAGGAGGACAUUACAGAUGGUGUUCUGCUGGCAGAUGUCAUUGAGGCUGUCACCAAUGAAAAAGUGAAAGACAUCAAAAUGAAGCCCAAAAACUCAGCCCAAAUGGUUGAGAAUAUAAACAACUGUUUGACCUUCCUUGGCAAUUUGGGAGUGAAUGUUGAAGGAUUGAGCGCUAAAGAUAUAAAAGAUGGCAAUUUGAAGGCAAUUUUAGGUCUGUUCUUCAGCCUUUCUCGAUUUAAACAGCAGCAGAAGUCUCAACAACAGUCACAUAAAGGCAAGGACAAAGAUAAGGACAGCGACAAAGAGAAGACUGUUCAAAUUAACACUGACCCACCACCUAGUGGAGAAAAUAAAGGUCAAGGAGGGGGAUGUAACUCUAGUGCUUCAUGUGGAGGUUCAACCCCCACCCAACCCAACCAGCUCAAUGGCGGGGAAAUGAUAUCAAGAUUGCCGUCACCAUUUAGCAAAUCCAAUAAGUCAUCGUUGUCAUCAGCAUCUGUAAAUAAAGUCGAGUCCAGCAAUGCCAAUGCAAACAGUCGUCUAAAGUCCUCCAACAGUGAACGAUUAAAAGCUCAACUUAAUCAACAGAAUAAUAACAUCCAGCCCCAAAACUCAGGGACUUCACAGCUCAACAGCAAAAAUCUCAACAAUAAUUGCUCCAAGGAGACCCCGAGUGGCAUCCCCACCAGGGCAACAUCCCCAGGGGGUCAGCAUUCUGGCAUCCCCACCCCAGGCGGCCGGUUGCUAGGGAGCGUACGAGGACAGUCUUUCUCAGACAAACACGCCAGCAAGCUUUCCACCUCCACAAGUUCCACAAGCUCAACGGGAUCCGGAACAGGAUCCUCAGGAACUUCUUGCAAAGGUCUACAGAAGGGUGGUGCAGCCAACAAAAACUCUAUGUUGGACAAAUUUAAGUUUUUCAAUUCCAAAGAGAAGGAGAAGAGCAAAUCUGGAGUGGCGAAAAGUGCUUCUAAAAGCAGCACUGCAGCCAGCGCCACCAGCUCUAGCUCCAAGAGCGAAUCGGACUCGCGGAGCGGUUUAAACCUCCGUGGUACCAACGCGACUGAUGGUGCAACCAGUGGGUCCAGUAGCCCUAAAACCGGCAUCCGCGGACUUAAAAAGGGAUGGGGUAGGUCUAGUAGUAAGAGAGAUGCUGCCAGCCACAAGAAAGCCUCAGAAGACAAUGCAUCAAAACGAAGCACACCUUCUCCAUCACCAUCGCCUCAGGGACAGCCCCCAUUACCGGGCAGUGGACUAGCCAGUGGGCACCGCAACUCACCCACACCCAGCAGGAAGGCUGCAAGUGCUAAAUCAUCAGACAAAAAUGACAAACAUGCCUCACAACAUAGCCCACCUUCAUCAAAGAAAGGCUCCAAAGUCAGCAGCCUGAUCCCCAAAUCUGCCUCAGGAUGCAAACCAAAAACAUCCACGUCAUCUAACUCCUUAUCAUCCGCAGCAGGUAUUCAACCCGCCUCUCACAUCCCAGGAUAUGCUUCUACAGGCAUUCCUAAACCUGGUGGCAAAACAGGCAAGAGUUCCAGUGAAAAGGGAGAUAAGUCUAAGUCUGGUUCAAGUAAAGAGUCCAAGAGUAAUGGCAAUGGUUCCAUUUCACAGAAAUCCUCUUCUGUAGGGUCAAAGAGUUCACAAGCUCAGCAGCUUCCCCAGCAAUUGGCACAGCAUCCUGGCAUGUCGUAUGCAGAAAAUGGAAGCUAUGGGAAGGCUAAGUCAACCGAUGUAAGACUAGAAUCUAGAGUAGACAGAAUGCAUAAUGCCAUCAGUAAUAACAGUUCUGCAAACACCCAAUACUCCAAGAAUUCCAUGUCAUCAUCACCUGCACCAUCAUCGGCACCGCCGUUACCUCCGAGAAAUCCUAACAUGUCAGGGAGACCCAUUACCCCACAAAAUGUUCCGAAAAUGGACCAAAGUACACAGUACACAACUAACUCCAGACCUCUCCCAAACUCAGGGAGCUUAGCAAAGAACUUAAACAACCAGAGUUCCGCAAGCAAGUCGGACGGCAAUACUCAAACAAGCUUGUCUGCAUUGCAGAGAGUUGUAUCCCCUGGAAAAUCCCCACCCAUGAAAGAUGUGAGCAAUGCCAGUAUUAGCAGUAACGAUUCAAUGAGUACUGGAGCCACGAGCCAGAGUGACUCAACCCCCUCCUCUAACAGUGGGGGAAAUAAAAGUGGCUCCUCGAACGAAAGUGUUAUUUUCAGGCCCUCCAGUUGUGACGAACUAUCAGGUUCAGAAAAGAGUGUUUCAAAUUCUCCCAAACUUGGGGUGAAAAGUUUGCUGUCCCAAUCCCCCAGUGCCAAAAUCCACGUCCCCCAUGUGUCACACGUGAGCCACCCUCAGCCAUCAACUGUGACGCAGCCAACUCAUCCCAGACCCACCGAGAAAAUGGAGACGACGUUCGACACAGAGGUGAGAACAGAAACCAUAAGCAAUGUCCCAAAAGAGACGACGUUUUCUGACAAACAAGAAACCACUUUUACCGACGAUUCCGGUGAAACGCUGGACAUUAAACCCAUGCAGCCAAUCAUGCGCGCUCUGCCUUACGGAUAUUUCCGAGGUUUGACCUCUGCAGCUGGGGCCAACAAAAACUUCCAUAUCCCUGGUAUCUCCGUGCCAACUUCCAUGUACGGCAGUAUCUCCAGUCGUUUGGCCAUCAACCGCUCAUUAGCGGAUCCUUCCAGGAUGUAUCCGCAUCCUGUGAAGAAGGCCGGAUCUCAUGUACUGGAGCCGGACUAUGGCUCGGAUCUGGAUACAUAUGACUACGUUUCUGGAUACAUGUCCGACGGUGACAUUCUGAAGAGUAACCGGCUGGAUGACAGUUGCAGUGGAUACAUGAGUGAAGGUGGCGCAUCACUGUAUGCCCGGCGACUUCAGCAGAGGUUCCGUGAAGGCAUGCAGGCCGUCAAGGAGUGUAUGCAGAAGAGUAGCGGACUGAUAGAUGAUGACAGCUUUGAUGACAGCAGCUCUAUUAGCAGUGGAGAGAUCAGUGACACCAUUGCUGAAAUCAGCACAGACGAGAAUUUGACGGGUUCUUCACAGAGUGCUUGCUCCGACCACACCAAUCCCUUCAGCAGCUUAAAACGGGUGCCCAAAGACAUUCUCCGAGUCACGCCCAAUGGGAGCGUUCCAAUCAAUGGGAAACGCAACCUUCUGAUUGCUAGCAAUGGCAGGGAGUACUACGCCCCGGAAUACAACGGCGCUCCCAGCUGGCGAAAGUUUUCCAUGCCAUCAACUGGGAAAUACUUCAGUGACCAGGAAGAUUAUGGUAACCCGUAUAAUGGCUACGAUCAGUGGCACAGAAGUGACCCUAAUGGGAUUAUCCCCCCUGGCAGAAAGCUCUCCAUCACCAGCCAGCCAGAGCUAGGCAGUGCCUAUUAUAGGCCAGAUAGCGGCAGUUACAGCGAGAGCGAUCGCAGUUCUUAUAUGUCUACUUGCUCAAACAAGCGGGAAUGUGAAACAAACACAGACCAGUCAUUCUUACAGGAUAACAUGAGAAAAAUGCAGGCACGUAGUUCAAAUUCUCUGGGUACUGCCUAUGGCUAUAGAAGGCCCCUGAGCAAUACUAGUACCUGUUCAGUAGGGAGUAAUAAGAGUACAGGCUCUAAGGGGUCAGUGAGUGGCCGUCUGGUCAAGAACGGAACCCCCACAGACCGCUUCUCCGAUACUGCCUCUGUGAAGUCUAAUCCAGAGCGACUGAGCAGUUACGAUAAUGUGCCCACGUGCAUCCCGAGACCUGCGAGUGCAACGCCACGAACAAUGACAGAGAGUGGCAGUAAUGGCUUCCACAGGGACCCCAGAACUGACAUGGGGCCUGAAGCCUACAAUAGCAGUACUCUCGAGCGGCGCAAGCGUGGGAACUUUGCAUCAUCACGAUCUCUGUCGUCUGGCUCGGCUCAGACCGACACUGAACUGUACAAAUCCAACACCCUGGGUCGCCGCCGAUUGUUUGGGAGUAAGAACAGCCUGAGCAAGGGAACCUCUGCAGGUGAGCAUAUGUGUGCUAGUACUAUAAUCUCUAACCCACAUGCUACUUAUAGUAAAGAGGGAGGUAAUCGACAAAAUGGGAAUAGUUUCCUGUCGCCCGAUUACUCUAGUCCUCGGAAUUCUGCCAUGACAAACGGUGCCAACGGCAACUCCUGGCUCAAAUCCAGCUCUGGGAAUCUCAGCAGCUCCACGCCCAUGUCAGAGACAGAAAGCAUGGAGUCCCUGUCGUCUGCCGCCUCCAGUAUACAAGCGCAAAUCCAGCAGGCGCGGGCGCUUAGCGGGGCGAGCGCUCGUAUUCUGGCUCACCAAAGAGCAGAGCUCAUGGGUCAAGGAGACUUGCAGCGGUCCAACAGUAUUCGGUCUACUCAGUCAGAGCGGAUCUACUCUAGCCACCAUGGUGCCUUACCUGAGGACUUGCCACCCACCACCGCCUACGCUCAAGUGGAGGACAGUCCACCCAACCAGCCAUCGUCUCCCACCCCCAGCAACAGCUCCCAGUCCUCAUCCCGUUUCACCUACCCUAUGACGGCCUAUGCUGGAAUGCUCAGCAGUGGUGGAGGUCUCACGCAGAGUAUGGUGCGCUCCAACACACAGUCUAGUCUUCCCUACAGCAGCCUGGCGCUGUCCAAAAUGAACAGCAAAGAUGAAGAAGGCAGUCUUCAUGGAUCAAACUUGUCUCUUGUCUCAAACUCCUCGUCAGUGUAUUCUUCGGCAGAAGAGAAGCAAGCCCAUGAGAUACGUAAGCUACGAAGAGAACUGGAGCAUGCACAGGAGAAGGUGAUCACCUUGACAACGCAGCUAAGUGCAAAUAGGAUUGGCGGGUAUGGCAAUAACCCCCAGUUUCUAGCAGCGUCAUCCCAACAGGCCCAUGUUGUGGCAGCAUUUGAACAGAGUUUAUCCAAUAUGACAGCAAGGCUCCAGCAUUUGACCACUACAGCUGAGCAUAAGGACUCAGAACUGAAUGAGCUCCGAGCCACCAUAGAAGCCUUGAAACGCCAGAGCAGCCUAAAUAUCCCAGAAAUUCUGAUUAGUCCGAAUGCGCCACAGAAACAUUCGACGCCUGUCAUCCACAGUGCCAAGGAUCAACAUUUACAUGUAAACGGCACAGAUGGACGUAGUAUAAGCCGUCAGAUGUCCUCUGACAGCAUGUCCAGUAUCAACAGUCUCUCCAGUGCCUGCAGCGUCACCAGUCAACAGUCAGCGGCAACAGACGGCGACUGCAAAUCCAAAAAGAAGAAGAAAGGAUGGUUACGAAGCUCCUUCAGUAAAGCGUUCUCACGGAAGAAGAGCAAGCACGGUUCAAUGUCUGACUGCGAGCCUGACACGGCUAGUCUUCACUCAGACAUGUCUGCCCCUAACUCUCCCCUCUUGCAAAAUCACAUGGUUGGAGGCUCCCCACUGAAGGGAUCACAGUCAAUGGUGGAGGAGGGUACAUCCUCAGUUACAGAUCUGAAGAAACAGUUGCGAGAAAAGGACAUGAAACUGACAGACAUACGAUUGGAAGCCCUGACCUCUGCCCACCAGUUAGAACAGCUCAAGGAGACCAUGUCCAAAAUGAAGAAUGAGAUGAGUGCUCUCAAAGCCGACAAUGACCGUCUGCAUAAAAUGAUGUCCUCGCGGUCAUUAAACACAUCGCAGUCAUCACUACAGCAGAGGUCUAGUAGUGACUCUCUGGAGAGAGCACUCAGCAUGGGGGAACAGAGCAGCCUAGAUAUAUUGACGCUUCAAGAAAACAUUGAUCGUGAAGGGAAAAGGGUAACCAUCACAGUAAUCCUGGGUUCAAAUCCAGAUCCAUUAAAGAGGGUAGAGAAAUUGUUUGAAACUUUAAUUGGGUCGCUAUCUGUAAGUGGGAAAACAAAGUGGGAUAUCUUAGACAGCAUUGUGCGGAAAAUAUUUAAGGAGUAUGUGUUGAGGGUAGACCCUGUGACAAACCUGGGGCUGAAUGCUGAAAGUGUGUACAGUUACCAUGUGGGGGAGAUAACACGGACUAAAGAUGCAGAGACCCCAGAAUUGUUACCUGUAGGGUACCUUGUUGGAGAUACAAUGCAAAUAGGAAUAUGCUUGAAAGGCACCCAUCAGAAUAGUGUGGAUUCCCUGGCCUUUGAGACCCUCAUCCCUAAGAGCAUUGUGCAGAGAUAUGUAUCACUGUUACUGGAGCACAGACGGAUCAUUCUGUGUGGACCUAGUGGUACAGGAAAAACAUAUCUGGCCCAGAAACUGUCAGAGCACCUCGUACUCAGAUCCGGCAAGAAGCUGACGGCAGGAUCUAUCGCUACAUUCAACGUGGAUCACAAGUCUGCUAAAGAACUACGCCAGUAUUUGUCAAACAUCGCGGAGCAGUGUGAAAGUACAAGUGUAGGUGAACUCCCCAGUGUUAUAAUCCUGGAUAACUUGCACCAUGUGGGAUCUCUAGGAGAAGUCUUUAAUGGAUUCCUCAGUGUCAAGUAUCAGAAAUGUCCCUACAUAAUUGGUACAAUGAACCAGGCAACCUGUUCAACAACAAACUUACAGCUGCACCACAACUUUAGAUGGGUUCUUUGUGCCAACCAUAUGGAACCCGUAAAGGGGUUCCUAGGGAGGUUCUUGAGGCGUAAGCUUGUGGAGGCUGAGGUCAGGAUGGGAACGAGGAACAAUGACCUCAACAAAAUCAUUGACUGGAUUCCUAAGGUCUGGCAGCAUUUGAACAAAUUCCUGGAGACGCACAGCUCUUCAGAUGUUACCAUUGGACCACGCUUGUUCUUAUCCUGUCCCAUGGACAUAGCAGGCUCCCAGGUUUGGUUUACUGACCUAUGGAAUUACAGUAUUAUACCAUACCUCCUGGAGGCUGUGAGGGAAGGACUACAGAUGUAUGGCAAGAGAGCUCCAUGGGAGGACCCUGCUGAUUGGGUGAUUGAGACAUAUCCAUGGAGUAAUAACAGCAACCAGGAUUGGCCAUCACUCCUUAGGCUCCGCCCAGAGGAUGUGGGUUUUGACACCCAGGGUGUGGCCCCUCCCCAGAUCAAGAACAACCCCACCAUAAAGGAGACAACCAGUGAGGGAGAAGGGGACCCCCUGGUAGAUGAGCAUGUUGAUGAGACUACAGGAGGCUGCUAGUUACUCCAGCCCCCAGAGCAAUGACAGUGAUUCCACAAGUCUGGAUAGCCACAGCAGCAUCAUUCAGGAAGUGUCAACAUCCAGUGCCGAGUCAACAUGAUGAAGACCAGUGCUGAUUCUGUGAGAUGCAGAUUAACAUCAAGUGCUGAGUCAUGUGAUUGUCUGCUAGAACAAUUCAUUAUCAACAUAAAAAUGCUGCAUCAAGUGAAAUAUCUGUUAGCUCCUUGCUAUGCCUGUGUUCACGAUGAACAUGUUACAAACUGGUGAGAACAAAUAAGGCAUAGUCUUUGUGAUGUUAGACAUUGAUUACAAGGUGAAACGC